GACAAAAAAGUUCUAACCAUUUGCGUUGUUUCAUCAACUAUUUGAUCGUCUGAUUUUCUUCAUAAGUAGAAAAUUAAAGCAAAAGGAUUUUGUUUGAUAUCUGUCUAGUUUACGAGACGUACAAGAAAAUGAAGAAAUUUAUUCGAUAGAGGAACCACGCAUUUACAUUUUCAAUGGCGCUGUAAUGUUAUGGAACUUAUCUCCAUUAGAAAAAUUUUAUGCACGCAAUAAGUGGAUCAUGUGUAAGACAGUUAAAGAAACACAUCUUGAAUGUUUAGAAAUUUCCCUGUGUUACGAAUAUGAAGUUAUACUUAAAUGAUUUAAAUGGAAUGAAAGAUAACUAAUAUCCUCGACAAAUUAGCUAGUCGCUAGUUUAAAAUUUUUAAAAAAUUAAAUUGUAUUAUUUGAAUUUGAACUCGGUAUUAAUUAAUUAUAUUUCAGCAAUAUCAUUUAUUGAAGAGGCGAAAAAUAAAUAGCAUGGCCUAUGGUAACAGUAUUUGCUACGCCACUAAAAGUGUCGAUAGUUUAUCAGUGUAAGAAAAUUACUAUCCAAAAUACUCAGCAAUAUUGUUAUGAUAUCUUCACGAUAUUGCACAGCAAUCAGAAUAUCGAAUAAUAAAGUGGCGAUAUUGUACAAUGUGCUAAUAUAGGUACUUGUACAGGUAACAGGUACUUGAAAACGAGAAUUUCUUUCCUAAACUCACUAUUUUUCCCGUAUCAUAAAUAAAUUUUAUAAUUACUAAGCAUUUAAAAUUUAUUUUUCAUGCAUAACCUCUUGCUAAAUAAUUUUUUGGCAAUGCUAUUUCCUAAUUCAACUGCAAGGACCAAAAAGUGAAGAAUUUGAACCCUCCCGCUAAUCGGCAAAAUCGAUAUUUUCCCCAAUCAAAAAAAGAAAGAAAAAGCAAAAUAUUUUUUACUAUCAAAAUUUGAAUAUCAGAUGAGUUUGUUAAACUGUAUAUUAGAAAUAUCAACAUGAAAAUCACAAUCUUCAAAGAAAAAAUCGCUCCUCCUAUUCCUUUCCCCUGCGUCGACGUAGAACACGGAAGAGUAACGAAUUACGCUUCAAUUAUAUACAUAAAAAGCGGAUGCUUUUUGUUACGCUGUAUAAAUUACAUAUGAAUAACUGCUAACUUUUAACCUUUUAUCAACAAAUAAAUAUUUUUGGACACUCUUUUCUUCCUGUCCUACAUCAAUGGGAAAUCAUCGGAGCGCGUCAAGAGGUAUGUUCAAGUAUUUAACAGAUCGCCACUAUCCCAGGGAAGUUAAUAUCAGCGACCCAUUCGUUAACUUAGUUAACUUGGCUCGCAGGGUCAGUUUGGGCGCUGAAAUUGCAAGUCGCUGUUUUUUAAAACCAGUCUUACUGUCCUAAGCAGCUGCCUUGUUGAAUAUCCAUCACUGUUCAUAAUCUUUGUGUCAUGGUGAAAUCGCUCACCUUCCUCUUCGCUAGUGUCACCAAGAUUUUCAGGGAAACAAUCAUAAUGAAUUCCAUAAUGGAAACAAGCCGAGCGAAAUGUUUUGUUCGAUGGGCUAUCAUAGCAGUUGGAAUUUUGGCAAUUACAGAUAGUGUGUUCAUACCUUUGGUGGUAUAUCGUAUAUGCUACCAGUCCACGAGUCAGUUUGUACCGAGCCAGUGCGUCAACUGUCCUUUCUUAGCAUUACAGGGCUAUUCCUUCAGCUGCUUUGGAAAUACUGCAUUUCCCAGGAAUAUGACCCCAGCUCAAGCACAAUGCAUGAUACAGAGAUGUCAAGACGGUGUAAAGCAAACAUCUGUUUAUCUGGGAAGGAAGAAAAGAGACGACAGCAGCAAAUCGACUGGAGAAUUCGUAAUUUCACAAUUCCCAAAAAGUGACACUGGAGAAAGUCCUCAAGAAAAAAAUAUGCAAGUUGUUGGUGAAAUAGAUGUUUAUGUAGAUGCUGAUUAUGAUGAUGAAGAAAUGUUUUGAACUGCAAAAAAGU